AUGUCGUCCUACUUCUCCUCCCUCCUCACAACCACAACCUCCCGCGUUGCCUCCAUCCGCCAAAACCUCCUCCAGAACGAAUCCGACGGCGACAGUGAAUAUGAAACGCACAUAGCGCGCGUGCUUCGCAACUACUACACAGAGAAGGGGCGUCCAUUCCCACGAGAACUAAACCUCCUCCCUCCAGGUGAGGCACAACCUAUAUAUGCGCAAACGAACGUCGGCGCAGGAUAUGGAGGGUUUCAGAAUUCAUCAGGAGGAGGAGGAGGAGCAACGGAGCUGAGCAGCCUUUGGGCGCCGCCGCCACAGCAACAACAAGAUCCACAAGGAGGACAACCUCAGAACCAGAGCUUGAGGCAGGGAAGGGCUGCCGCUUCGCUCCGCGGGAGGCAGAACCCCUUUACGAAACAGCAAGCUCCUGAGCCUCAAGUACAAGCUAGGCCGCUGCCGAGUCAGAGUUCUUAUAGCUCUCAGAAUACAUCCGCGAAUCCGUACAGCAGGAAUGACACACCGCCUGGAAGUUCUCAGGGCUUGAGGAGCGCGAAGGAUAGGCUGAAACAGGGCGUCGGCUUGAGGCCUCAGAACAGAUCUGAUGUUCCUGGGAGUAUUGGUGCAGGCUCGAGAGGGAAUAGUUAUGGGUCAACGACAAAGAGUAAUGGAAGUUACGAAGAUAGCUUUGCUCCAGGCGUGUAUAACAGGGGAGUUGGAGGAGGGGGGGAUAAACCUUUUGUGGCUGCCACGGCACCAUGGGCGAGUAAUGAGGCAGAGUUUACUGGUGGUGGCUAUAGUGGUUAUGAUGCUGGACGUCGGCCAGCGCCUGGUAGUAAAGGCCCUGGGCUGCCAAGCGGGCCGAGAGGGAGAAGGUAA